GUGAAACCUGACUCCUCCCAGCCAUGUGACUGAUCACAUGAUUGUGACAUCACUGAAGGUCCUUCAGACACCUGGAAUCUUCUGUAUCCAGAGAGGGGGAGGUCUCCAUUAGUGGUCGGGGGUCUCCCUUUCUUCUCCUGACUGCCCCCUAAGGAUGGAGAAGGACCUGGAUGUGAUGGAGGAGAGAAUAUUACACGUGGCCCUAGAGAUCAUGUCCCUGCUGAGCGGAGAGGAUUACAUGGUAGUGAAGACAGAAGAGGGGGAAGGAUGGAGCAGGGAGCAGGUUCCUAUAUCGCUGCCUCCACCUCACUCACUGAUACAUAAGGGAAACAGUCAUCAGGAGAUCCUGGAACUCAUCAACAAGAUGGCCGACCUGCUGACUGGAGAGGUUCCUAUAAGGUGUCAGGACGUCACUGUCUAUUUCUCCAUGGAGGAGUGGGAGUAUAUAGAAGGACACAAGGAUCUGUACCAGGACAUAGUCAUGAUGGGGGAUCACCGGCCCCCAACAUCACAAGAUAUAGACCCAACAAGGAUGGAGAAGGCCAGAAAGCACAUGGCUGCCAGGAUAUUACACCUCACCCUAGAGAUAAUCCACCUGAUAACCGGAGAGGAUUACACAGUAGUGAAGAAGUGGUCUGGUGAGUGUGUGACCCCCCGUGUGUCAGGAGGAUCGGGCACCACCCAGAGCCCCACCCCCGAGGAUCCUCCACCUCAUUCACUGAUACAUGAGCAGAAGAUCCUAGAACUGACCACCAGGAUGACUGAGCUGCUGACUGGAGAGGUUCCUAUAAGGUGUCAGGACGUCACUGUCUAUUUCUCCAUGGAGGAGUGGGAGUAUAUAGAAGGACACAAGGAUCUGUACCAGGACAUAGUCAUGAUGGGGGAUCACCGGCCCCCAACAUCACAAGAUGAACUAAUGGAUAGAAAUCCACCCGAGAGGUGUCCCCGUCCUCUGUAUUCCCAGGACUGUCCAGAGGGAAAUGUCCCAGAGAAGCAUCAGAAGGUCUGAUUAUUAUUAAAGUGGAGGAUGAAUCAGAAAUAGAAGAGGAGGAGAUUAAGAGAGGCUAUGACUCGUGUAU